CCGUCGAUUCUCCAAGAGAAGUGAGCAUGCGGCGAUGUGUGGUUUUCAGCUCUGGACGGAGGGCAAGGUCAGAAAAACAAACCUUCAACAUCACUAGCGCGGCUGUCCUCCGCCAAGGAGCACUCUCAAACCCCUCAUGCCACAGAGGGCUGUUGUGGAGAAUCCAGGCACUCGGACCCCCGCAACCAUCUUUUAGCCAGAUAGAUGAGAGCGGCAUCCAAAGAAUCCACUAGGUCAUGACCGACCCACCGAUCGAUGGUUCGACCGGAUGCAGACAUGAGGAGGAUCUUCACUGUGCAGCAUGGAUCCCGACUGGGUGGCUCCCUGGGCCACUCAGGAGACAGAGAGGUGGGGCAUGUUCAACAGCUGGUUUGUGACUUCCCCUGGUCCCACAUGGAGAAGCUGGCUUUCCUGUUCCCUUGGAGCCUCCUCCGACCCGAAUCUCCCCACAGAGAAGAAACACUACCAGGAGUGGUACAUCAGCGACACGCCGGACAGGGACCGGUCCUCCCCGGGCAGCGUCGACAGCGGAGGGGCCGAGGGCGGUGGGCGGACGAGGAGGAGGAGAAGCAGGAGCCCCCCGCAGCUGGACUCGUGUAGAGGCUCUGCGGGCAGUCGCCGGUCCUCCGGGAGCAAGGUGGGCUCAGGGCAGCGGGCGUCCGGCGAGAUGAGCGUGGACGGGCCCAGCUCCAGCAGCAACGGUGACGCCCUGGGGAGAGACGACAGGGUCCCCGACGGCCACAGCCCACUGCAGGACACCAUCGCUGUGGUUCAGAUCACGCUGCUGAAAACCACGGGACAGAGUGCAGAUGCUCUCCAUCAGAUCACCGCGGGAGGAAGCCGGGCCUGCCGGGACUCCCACAGCCGCAGUUUGGAUGACGUCCGUCUUGGCCAGUGCCAGGGCCAACUCUCGCCCCCGGGCCCCACCCUGGCCUCCCCCGCCUUCCACAGCUACACCUUCGGCUAUGUCCCAGAGGGCAAAGCGCUGGCCUCCAGCCCUGCCCACCAGCUGGCGGGGGGUGGGACCCAGGGGGACCUGUACAGGAGUAGGUCUGGCCAAUGCAUAUCCCUGAGCCUCCUGGGGGAUGACGGAAUUUGCCGUGUAGGCAGGGAGGUGCUGGGGCCACCUCCUACUCUGUGCUGGCGUCCCUCUCCCUUCUUCCUCUCUGCCCCAUGGGGAUCCCACCAGGGCCCGGACGGACCCUACCCCAUCUCCGGCCCGGUCACCCGCCUCCAGUCACUUUGGUGUGUGACAUGGCCGGCGGGCCAUUCCAGGGAGUUUGGUGGCCGGCAGGUUCAUGUUUGGGUGUCACCUGUCACAUCUGAGUGGGAUGGAAGGACCCCAUUAUCCCAGACGCGCUUGACUGCUGCCUGAGUUUCUGCAUCUUCUGCUGGGAUAACCAGCCGGUUUCCGGCUGCUGAGCUGGAUAUGGGGAAGAAUCCCAGAAAUCCCUUCCAGCUGCACCUUUCGGGAAGGUGGUGUGGUGUGUUGGGGUGAUGAUGCGGGUUGUGGGGGGGCAGAUUGGUGCUCGAUAUUGACCUCUCCCCUGCCUCUCCAUCAAGAACUCUAGGCCCAUCCUGCCUUUUUUGGAGGGGGGUGGAGUUGCCCUUUUUAUGUGACAUGCCCAGUUCUGCCAUUCUGGAACAGGGUGUCAUAGGGUCCCAUUCCUAGCAGUAUAUCUUCAGAAUCUGGGGCUCGGGGGGCCAGCUGAGAUGCCCCCUCGGACCUGAGAGCAGAGUGGUCUCCGGGGAGACACCAGAGUCCCUUCUGGGCAGAGGAAUUGGCUCUACUACCCUCCUUCUUCCAGGCUAUUGACUUCUCCUCCCUCUUGGGACCCAGUGUUCCCUUUCCCAGUUGUUCCUAGGGCUGCCCAGGUAUGGGGUUCCUGGUCUUGAACAUUGCUGGCGGGCCAGUGUGGGGGGAGUACCCCCUUGCUUUCCUCCCCACCCCAGGAUGACGCCCUGGCCCACUAGGGCUGCCGAGAAAGCCAGCAUAGUAUGGGUGGGCUGUGCUCUAGGGGUCUGGUGUUGCAGAGAGGGAUGAGGAGGGAGGCUUCAGUCACCAUCCCCAUGUGAUUCCCAGGACACCUUGGAUGCAGAGGGGGAAGGGAUGGACUCUGUCCUUGUGGACCCCUGCCGCUCCCUGCCCCAAGCAACCGACUUUCUGCUCGCGAGGGUGCCUGAGUCCCACUCUAGAAAGUCUUGGCUCCUGCCCAUAGUUACAAGCCCACACCUCAUCCUCAAUGCCCAGAGACGGGCAGGGGCAACGCUGCCCAGUCCUUUCCCCCUUUGCCCACUCCCUUGGCCAUUUUCUAUGGAAUUAUUUGAGCACCUCCUCCUCCCCCGAGAAGAGCCCACGGACCCCGAGCAGACCACCUUGCUUGCCAAAAUGGCCACCAGCCCCCAGACCACCCUCACAGUCUUCCUGGAUCAGGCCGGUAGGGUGGAGGGGCCAGCUGCCACCCUGAUAUUUGAUCUCCCAUCCCCUUGGGAAAUGGUGGUCCAGGCUGGGGCCUCAGCGGUCCACGGUCUCUCCCUCAACCUCCAGUCGAAAGGUCACGUGCAGAGCCUGAAGCUACUGGUGACAGCUUCGGUCAAACCUUGGCUUUGGCUGAAAGCUAGUGAAAGCCAUCCCUCCCCCAGGCCAGCCGGCUCUCUUAACGGAGUGGUCUCGGGUGCUUGCUUGUGGAAAGGAGGAGAAGGGCUCCGGCCAGGUAAGGCCGUGACACCUGGGACCUUUUAGCUUCUGACAUUUGCCUCGGCCCACGGGGCCGGCGACACCGCGAGUUGUAAGUGCCAUCCGGUUUCCCCAGGCUCCCUUCUCCGGCCACAGACUGAGGAGGAACUGGGCUCUGGUACUGGCAGGCCCAGAGGGGCCUAGGAUGACUGCCCCCCCCACCCCCCACCCCAGAAGACCAACGAGCUGCUUUGGGGCUAAGGUGGGCCCUGGGAUGGCUUGGUGGGGAUUUCAUUCCUAAAAGAGCAGUUGGGAGCAGGAAAAAAUCUUUGCUGCUACCUUUCUUUUGAAGGGUCCCACUUUCAGGGCCGGGGCAAUCCCAGAUGUCUGGUGAAAUGGUCUCUGUGCUGGACACAAAGACUCCAUCUCAUGGACUGUGGGGGUUUGGUUGGGGGUGGGAGGGGUCUUGUGGGGCUGUGUCUCCUCCCCCUCAGGCCAGCACCGGACCCAGUCAGACUGUGCAGCAGGCUUGUCUCUGCCGGACAAGACUGCCGAACUACUCUAUCUUUGCCCGAAUCAACCUCCUCUUCAAGUUGGAAAGUAUAAAGACCGCAUCGCUGUAAAACCAUUAUCAUACCUACCUUUGAAUCUCUGCAGGUUGAUCAGGGGUGUACAUGCUGAAUUUUGUGCCGAGAGGUUCCUCUUUUUCCUAGAACAUAUCGGUUUGGAGGAACAGGCCAACAACAGGCCGCGGGGUUCCCUGGUGUCAUUUCCCCUCUGAAGGACGUUCCUUUCUGUGAAAGGCAAGCUGGGAAAGGAUCUGCGUGCCAAUAAAGAAGCUGCAAACAG